AUGAAGUUCACCCUCUGCCUCAGCGCUCUCACAGCGCUCCUCACCUCCGUCACAGCCCAAAAAGUCUCCGGAUCCGCUCAAGGCUUUGCCCAAGGCGUUACGGGUGGUGGUUCUGCCGCAGCUGUUACGCCCAAGAACAUCAAAGAGCUGGUGACAUAUCUCACCGACAAAUCUCCCCGCGUUAUUGUUCUUGAUCGCACGUACGACUUUAUCGGUUCGGAGGGUACUGUUACAGAGAAGGGUUGUGCGCCGUGGAAGACUGGCCCAGGAUGUCAGACGGCUAUUAACGCUGCUGGGAAUUGGUGCGGUAACAAUCCCAAGGUUGACGUUACCUACAGCAAGGCUGGAACGAGUGGGAUCAAUGUUGCGUCUGACAAGACGAUCGUUGGAGUUGGUAACAAGGGUAUCAUUAAGGGCAAGGGAUUGCGAUUUGUUAAUGUCAAGAACAUCAUCGUGCAAAACAUCCAUAUCACGAACUUGAACCCUCAAUAUGUCUGGGGUGGCGAUGCUUUCACCUUCUCCGGUACCAGCAAGAUCUGGGUUGAUCACUGCACGACCUCUCUCCUCGGUCGACAGCACUACGUCUUUGGUCGUGACAAGAGCACUGCCAUCACACUCUCCAAUAACCAUAUCGACGGUCGCACGCAGUGGUCCGCUGGUUGUGACGGCUACCACUACUGGACCAUUGAGAUGGUCGGCCAGGGUGAUCAGAUUACCCUCCAAAACAACCUCAUCGAGCACACAGCAGGCCGUGGUCCAGCACUCUCCGCAACCACGUUCCUCCACGCCGUCAAUAACGUCUGGCGUGAUAUCAACGGGCACGCCAUCGAAGGCGACACCGCCGGCAAGGGCCUUUUCGAAGGAAACGUCUUCCAGAACGUCAAGCAAGUUGUCGUCCCCGACUUUAAGGGCCAACUCAACAGUUGUCCUGAUAACGCCGCUGCUAGCGCCACUCAGCAAUACCUUGGUCGCGUGUGCCAGGGUAACAUUUUCAUUUCUUCUGGUGCUUUCAACAGAAAGGAUACUGGUUUCAUGUCUGAGUUCAAGGGAUUGCCUAUUGCGAGAUCUACACAGGCUACUACUGCUCGAAGCAAGGUUCCUGGAAAUGCUGGCUUUGGAAAGAUCUAG